AUGGAGAACGUGAUCCAGGUCCAGUACACCCAGAAGUCAAUGGAGGACGUGAUCCAGGAGGAGGAAUCCGAACCUUUUCCAGAAGAAGAUCGGAUGGAUUUGGAUCAAAAGAACGAGGACUAUAGCAAGAUGUACAAGGAAGUCUUUGACCAGGUGGGCGAUGAGAUGGAGUUUCAAACCUUGCUCUAUGUGGUACCUUUGAGGUCGCGGCAAAAGGUUGAUGUGAACGCAGCCAUGAGGCGGAUGUACCUACAAGUUCGUCAGGAAGGACAUCCCAUCACCCGUGUCCACUCGGACCGCGCGAGGGAAUUGAAAUCUUCGGCUCUCCGGCAAUGGCUCUACGAGAAGGACGUUUGGAUCACUACUGGUGAAUCACAGACACCCCAACAGAACGGAAGAGCCGAGGCCAUGGUCAAGAGCGUGAAGAAGUAUGCGAAGGUGCUGUUGGGAGCUUCGUCGUUACCGAGAGAAUGUUGGCCUUUGGCAAUGAGUUAUGCUGCUCAACGUCAAAGAAAGCGGGCGCUGGGACAGCCUACCACCAAGGACCCCACCUUUGGAGUCGGGGUUGCAGUAAAGACAAAGGUCUUUGGAACUGGGGGGUCCUAUGAUCUGGACCCUCGGUGGGGUGAAGGCCGGUUUGUGGGCUACAGCAGCGAUGUGAAGAAUGGCUUGGUCGUCAGGUACGAUGAUGGCACCUUCGUUACGAGUUGCCAUGUCCGAGAAGGUUUGGUUGAUGCUGAAGCCCUUGCAGAUGGCAGCCCGGUGGAAGUCGAGCUGCCAGUGCCUGAAAGGAGGUUGAGAACAAAGGCCCGGCUAGCACUGAUCACCAACCCGUACGAGGACAUUGAAGCCUACGCGAAGGAGCUGGAUGUUGAGGAGAUGUAUGAGCCCGGAGACGUGUUGAACCUCUGGGAGAAGUUGAAAAGCAUUCCGCGACCAACGAGAAGAGGCAUGAAAUCCAUGGUGGUCAAGGACAACGGAGGUUCCUUCUAUGCGGGUUGCUACACACAUGGCGGCGUUUGUGGCAUCAUGAAGCUGACAAGGCAGCUACCGAAUGUCACUGCGUACCUGGUGAAGGCAGCAAAGGAGAUGACCGGGAGCGGCGACUUUGGGAGUGUGGCCGUGGUAGAAAAUGUGAGUAUGGCCCCGCACCGUGACAGCCACAACCAAGAGGGAACGCUUAACACCGUGACGGCCUUGACUGACUUCAACAAUGGUCAGGUGUGGGUAGAAAAGAAGGAGACGGACUAUGGCCACGACGAU